ACGCUGAUUGGCUGACGCUGAUGAUCGUCACUUUCUACCGAACAAGCAGAGCGCAACAUACCCGCCCAGUGUCCCCGGGAUGAGAGAGGACGGCUGUUUCGCUAGAAAAAGAACAGGGAAAUGAAGUUGUCAGACAGGCUAGCCCAGCAGCUCUCCUCGUUGUUCAACUCGGCCCCUUUCAAGUUCAGAAGGCAGCUUUAGAUGACAAAAUCAGCGCUAUGACUGUCAGUUAGCGAAUGUCACUCAGCUACGGGUCUAUCAGAUAACGUCCCCUACAGUUUAGAGUAGCGAUACACAGUAAAGAAAGUGGAGGCAACUUGCUAUCUCGCUAACUAACCUCUAGCAGUCGAGUGUCUUUCGGUUUCAGGGCGACACCGCAUUUGUGAUUUAUUUUUUAGGAUUGGAUUACCUGUCUUCAGUCAUGCCUUUUCCUUUCGGGAAGUCCCAGAAGAACCCAGCUGAAAUAGUCAGGAGUUUGAAGGAGAAUGUUGCACACAUGGAGAAGCUGGAUGCUGCAGACAGCAAAAAGUGUGAAAAGGUUGCGGAAGAAGUGUCCAAAAACCUUGCUUCCCUGAAGGAGGUGCUGAGUGGGACAGGGGACAAGGAGCCUCAAACYGAAGCAGUGGCCCAGCUGGCGCAAGAAUUAUACAACACCAACCUUCUCAUCGCACUCAUCGCAAACUUGCAGAAGAUUGAUUUCGAGGGCAAGAAGGAUGUGGUCCAUUUGUUCAGCAAUAUCGUGAGACGUCAGAUUGGCAGCCGCACACCCACCGUCGAAUACAUCUCCACACACCCAGAAAUCCUCUUCAUGCUUCUGAAAGGAUACGAGAGCCCAGAAGUGGCUCUGAACUGCGGCAUGAUGUUGAGAGAGUGUCUGCGUCACGAGCCGCUGGCCAGGACGGUGCUCUUCUCCGAGGAUUUCUUCUGCUUCUUCCAUUACGUGGAGCUCUCCACCUUCGACAUCGCCUCGGACGCCUUCGCCUCUUUCAAGGAUCUACUCACAAGACACAAGAUGAUGUGUGCGGAUUUUCUGGAGAACAACUAUGACAGGGUGUUCACAGAGUACGAAAAACUGCUGCAUUCUGACAACUACGUCACCAAGCGGCAGUCUUUAAAGCUCCUCGGGGAACUCCUGCUGGAUAGACAUAACUUCACUGUCAUGACGAAUUACAUCAGUCGAGCAGAGAACUUGAAGCUGAUGAUGAACCUCCUGCGAGACAACAGCCGCAACAUCCAGUUCGAAGCAUUCCACGUCUUUAAGGUGUGCAUGUCAAAUACGUCCCGAGAUUCUCACAGCAUGAUGAGGUUGAAAAUGCCACAGUUUCACUGUAUGGACACAAAAAAGGUCUAAAAACACAAUCUAAAU